AUGAUGCUUGAAAUAAGCCAGAAGCUCAAGGAGCCCCCUGCUGUAGCUGUCACUGGAACAUCUACUCCUACGUCAUCAGGACACGCUCCCCCAUCAACGGAAAGCGUGCUUGUUGCUGAUCUCCCCUGCAAAGAAACUGCCGGAGAGGCUCCUUUUGUCAUGCCAAUCAUCAUCAAUUUGGAUCCUCCUCUAAAGGAAAACCCUACACCCCGCCUAAGUGAAGAGAGUGAAAAAUGUUUGGCAAAGAUGGAAGAGCGACUGUGUGCCUUGCAUUGUUAUGAGCUUAAAGGAGCUGAUAGGCUGUCCUCAUACAUCAAGGCGAACUUCCUUGAGAACUUCCAAGAGCCUGAGUUCAUCAGAAAGUAUGACGAAACGGGAUGCCCCAUGACCCACCUUAGGUAUUACGUGAGGAAAAUGGCUCGCUACGCUGAUAAUCAAUACCGGUUUAAUAUCGAGCUCACCCCCACGAGGGAUGAGUUGACCCGUAUUGAGAAGAAGAGGAAUGAGUCAUUUAAGGCCUUUGCGCAAAGGUGGAGGACUGUGGCCUUACAAGUGAAGCCGCCCCUAAAUGAGAGGGAGAUGAGGCAUCUAUUCCUCAAGACAUUACCCCCUGAAUACUUCUAA